AUGAGUAGACCGUUGGAACUACGUACUCGCAAGCCCUCGCCGGAACGGCCAAAGGAACCGACUGCCAUGAGCUCCACCAACAGUAUGGGAUACCCGCCCAUAGCGCGUCCUGCUCCUGCCAAACAGCCCACUGCUGCCCUCUCGGCAACUAACUCAUAUGACCACAUGAACCCGGUCAUCGCCUCUGCUGCUUUCAACAACCCCUCCGAAGGCCGAAGUGAGCCACCGUCUCACGGCCAAAAGCGCGCAGCUUCCAUGUCUCCUGUCCCUGCAGUAUCUGCAAAGCAUGUAAAGAAGGAGAUUCCGAGCGAGGAGGUCCCGAGGCCGAUAUUUCCACGUCCUAUUCUUGAAAUCACGGGCAAUGGCCCUGUGUUUGAUUCUAACUGGUACCGUUCCGUUCUCGAAGACCCUGCACUGGCAGAGUAUUGUGCGCGAAAUAUCGAUUCCAUUUCUGCAGCAUACGACUCUCUUUUGAUAAACAAGGCACGGAUUGAGUAUGAUCUGCGAAGAGUGACGGAGAUUAUGUUCCAGCAUGGAAUCGAUUUAGAAGACGAGGGUGGAGACAACGAGGAUUAUGAGUAUGAGGAGUUUGACGGCUUUGAGGAGGAGGUGGACAACUACGAGGAGGAUGAGCUCUAG